CUUAUCUUAAAUGAGAUUUAGGAGUCAAGCAAUGACUAGGGGGCCUUAAUUACAGUGAUUUGAAUGAGCUGGUUUGGUUCACCUUUUCCAUCUGUGUUCUCUGUGUGUGUCCUGGCCUUGUUCCCGGGAGGUGCAGGCGCUGAGGGACUCACUUGGAUCCUGUGCUGCAUCAUCAGGAAAGUGCCUGAGGGACAGAGGCUAGAGUGGGAUUUAAGGUCCUGGAAUCCAACCUCGGCUGGUUUACUGGCUGUCUCUACAUGGGGCUACCUUUUGGCCGUGGUUUAAAGGCUUGGAUGGACUUGGACAAUCUCACCAUCGGGAGAGUUGACAGUUCUCGUCUGGGAUGGGAGAAUGGGGUUCCGAACUUGGUUACGCUAUUUCCGAAAGAUGCGACCUGUACUGAGAGCUGCUCCCCAGUGGGCCGGCCUGGGACCCGCAGUCCUCCAGGAGGAAGCUGGCUGUGCUGCGAUCGGUCACCUUUGCGACAGCUCAUCCAGGUCAUGCUGCACAGGCCCCAGACCCAACGGCAAGUGGCUUUUUUAGGAGAGAGACGAGAAGGCCGUGUGCAGAUGGAGGCAAAGACUGGAGAGAUGCAGCUACAAUCCAAGGAAUUCCGGGGCCACCAGGAGCUGGAGGAAGCCAGGAAAGCUCCUCCUCUAGAGCCUUUGGAGGACCUGCAGCCCCGUGACACCUUGAUUACAGACUUCCAGCCUCCGGAACUGCCCAGAUACAAGGUUGAAGGGAAGAAGUGCUGUGAGUUUUCCUUGAUAAGCAUUCUUGUUUCCCACACGGGCACCCUGAAGAGAUAUUUGAUGUUUAAAAAGCGCUCCCAGUACUAUCUGAUACUGUGUGUCUUAAAUGCAUGA